UAUAUAUAUAGUAUAGAUACAUAUAACAGUUACAUAACAACCAGUACUCAUUAGUCAUGACUCUCUCUCUACAAUUUCUCCCUCUACCCAAGCCCUAACUUCUCUCUCUCUCUCUCUCAAAGCCACCACCAACCACCACAUGCCGAUCGCCUCCAUUUCCAUCUUCCGCCACCGCACGAUCCCGUGCCUCCCUCUCUCCGCCACCGUCCUCCGCCGCCUCCCCUCCUUCCGCUUCCUCUCAUUCGCUAUAACCGCCAGACAACACAACAACCCUAACAAUGUCUCGAAAAAACCGAACAAGAACCUCCUCAAGGCACGCCAAACAGUCAAGCACUUCUCCUCCAAUCUCGCACCUGUUCUCUCCCCCGAAGACAAGCCUGAUCUCUCUCAGAACCAAGCCAUCGGCAUGGUCGCCUCCGCACAAGCGAAUUUCAUGCGCGUCGUUGUUCAAUUGGACUCUCCAGAAACUUCCACAGCUGAAUCGGUUGAAUCUUCGGAAGAGAAGAGAGUUGGAGUUGAAUUGUUGUGUGUAGUGAAAGCUGUGUUGAAGAAGAUCAAGAGGAGAGUAUUGGUUGGGGACAAGGUUUUGGUAGGGUCUAUUGAUUGGGUGGAUCGUAGAGGAAUGAUCGAGAAUGUGUUUCAGAGGAAGACUGAGAUUCUUGAUCCUCCGGUGGCGAAUAUUGAUCAUUUGCUAGUUUUGUUCUCGAUGGAUCAGCCGAAGGUUGAACCGUUCUCACUCACUAGGUUUUUGGUUGAGGCCGAGUCGACAGGAAUACCACUCACUCUGGCACUGAAUAAAUCAGAGCUUGUUGAUGAAGAGUCACUGGAAGCAUGGAAAAUUAGGCUUCGCAACUGGGGCUAUGAACCAAUUUUUUGCAGUGUCGAAUCAAAAUAUGGACUUGAUACUCUUGAGUUCACUUUGAGAGAGCAGACCUCUGUUAUUGUGGGCAAGUGGUGUAGGGAGUCCAUCGACAAAUGCUUGAGAAGCAAUAAGCAUGUUCUUGGUGCCGCUGAAGGGGAUAAUUGGUUUGAUUCUAUUCUAGGCAGCAAGUGGUUUGCAGAUCAGCAUGUUGGAGAAGUGUCAACAAGAAGUGGCAGGGGGAAGCACACUACUCGCAAUGUCUCUAUUCUUCCAUUAUCUGGAGGGGGAUUUCUUGUAGAUACUCCUGGGUUUAACCAACCUAGUUUGAUGAAAGUAACAAAACAAUCAAUUGCUCAACAUUUCCCGGAGAUUCGGAGAAUGCUCAAGGAUGGUGAGCCCACAAAAUGCUCGUUCAAUGAUUGCUUGCAUCUUGGUGAACCCGGUUGCGUUGUGAAAGGUGAUUGGGAAAGAUAUCCAUACUAUUUCCAACUGCUUGAUGAGAUCAAAAUCAGAGAGGAAUUUCAGUUGAGAACAGUUGGAACCAAAAGAGAGGGAGAUGUAAGGUACAAGAUGGGAGAUAUGGGUGUCAAGCAAGCAGAACCAAGGUUGGAGCCUAAGAAGCACCGGAGACAAUCUCGUAAGAAGAUGAACCAGUCAAUACUAGAUGACUUGGACGAACUUGAUGACGAUGACGACCACUUCGUAGAUGAUCCCAUUUUAAGAGCAAUGACGCAUGAAAACCAGUAGGAAGCAAUGUCCUCCAACUCAUUAUUACAUUGUAAAUAAAUAGUUAGUUUCUUGACCCCUUUUUGUCAUAGGGUUUAUUUGAAGUUCACACAUGGUACAGUGUAAGAUGAAGAAGAUUUCCUGGGAGUUUUUCCUUGUUUGAUGGAAGCUGACAUGGGGAUUGAAAGUUUUUAAACCCAGAAAGGCGAAUGUACAUCCCUCUAUAUUGACUGUUGGUGACAUACUUGCAAAUA